UCCAAACCUUUGCUUGCAGAAGUGGCAAUGUUGCUUCGGUUGGGACAACCUCCAUUAUGCCCCAAAGUCAUCAAAUUGCAUGAUUGGAUUGAGAAUAAGAGGAGCUUUGUGCUCAUAAUGGAGUACCCAGAACCAUGCCAUACCUUGAAUCAACACAUCAUGUAUUCAGACAACAUGAAUGAAGGAAAAGCAUGCUGGUUAAUCUGUCAGUUAAUCCAAGCUGUGAAACACUGUUUUGACCGUGGAGUCUUCCAUGGUGAUAUCCACACAGGGAACAUCCUGUUGACUGACCACAGUUUAGAGCUCAAACUAAUUGACUUUGGUUGUGCUCAUCCAAUCAGCAGUGAGGGCAAUCUCAGCAGUGAAUAUCGAGGAGCACCACUCUGCACCCCACCUGAGGUCAUAAGGAAUAUCACAUUCCACGCUAACCCAGCAUAUGUCUGGGCAGUAGGUGCUGUGCUCUUUGAAAUCUUGCAUGGAUAUUUGCCCUUUGAAAGCCAAGAUAAAAUACUGCGUGGCUACGUUCAAGCAAAACCGACUUUAUCCUCAGCAUGCCGUGACCUGAUUUUCCAGUGUUUGAUCCGCAAUCCAGCUAACAGACUGAUGCUACAGCAUCUAGAAGAGCACAGAGUGGUGCGUCUUACGCCGCAGCCGGAGCAAGAUGAUUCAGAGCUAAUGCCUGCUCCAAGUCCCUUCAGAAUCACACCAACGGCUGACAUAGAUGCUGCUGACCCUGAGCUGGUGCGUCUGCCAGGCCAGGUCUGUGAAGAUGUUGAGUCGUUGGGCAAACGACAAACGCAGAUCUGGCGAAUCAUGAGUCGCCGCCUGUGA